ACCAACUCGCGCCGCUGGAGCGGCGAUGAUAGAUGAUAAAAGGAAUAAAAGCGAGAACACGCUGAUAAAGCGCAGAUAUCAUGCGGCCGGGGUGAUCCAUGCGCUGCCGAUUGCCGAGUGCAUCGUUAGUUUUCGUUUCAUUCGUGUCAAUUCGUUUGCCUAAAAUUAAAUAACGCGUAUUGUAUUUUCCGAAAGUGUUAAUUCAGCAGAGGUAACAAGCAGGAUUGUCUCCUUCGCGAGGACAAAACAAGUAAUAACGUUAUAUAAAUGAAUAUAAAUGGAUAAGAAGAUUGAAAUAAGUGAAUGUUAAAGCUCAAUUAUGGAAAACUACACAUCGGACUCCAGCGAUUCGGAUUCCAAUCUGAGAACGUUGGAUCUAUCCUAUCUGUCACUGGAUGAUGAAAUAAUGGAUAAGCAAUUCCUUAAUACCAAAUGCCCGGAGCACGUGGAUACUUUAUUAUUGAGUCAGAACCGUCUCACAACUCUUCCUAUCAGUAUCAACAAGUUUACCAGCCUGAAUUCCCUUGAUAUUUCGAAUUGCGGCCUUGCUAAAUUGCCAAAUUUUUGGGAAGAUUGCCCUUUGACUUGUUUGAUCGCAAAACACAACAACCUGACCAAUGAUGGAUUGGCUAAAGAUUUUGAAAAUUUGGCUAAUUUAAGGGAACUCAAUUUGAGCGGCAAUAGGCUCACGGAGUUUCCUAAUCAAGUGCUCGACCUAGCUGUUUUGAGAUACCUUUACUUGGGUGGUAAUCGUAUCAAUGAGAUUACCAAGAAUAUCUGGAAACUACAAAGGUUACGAGUUUUAUCGAUGGGAGACAAUAGAUUAACAGAGGUGCCGUGCACUCUCGGUCAGCUAAAAGCCCUGCAAGCUCUUGUGCUUUGCGAUAAUAUGUUGGAGAGCUUGCCAAGCUCGAUAGCCAAUUUGACAAAUCUAAAAACUUUAUCGCUUCAUAAGAACAGGCUGCGGACAUUGCCUACUGAAAUAAUAACAUUGAAAUGUCUAACCGAGUUAUCUCUCCGAGACAAUCCGCUGGUGGUGGGAUUUGUAUCCGAUAUGACGCAUGAUCCGCCGUCAUUAUUGGAAUUAGCAGCGCGUGUCAUCAAGACCAACGACGUUCGCUACGACGAUGAGAGUUUACCACGCAACCUAGUGCAGUACCUUAAUAGCGCUCAUCAUUGUGUCAAUCCCAAAUGCAAGGGCGUUUUCUUCAAUAAUCGCGUGGAGCACAUCAAGUUCGUUGAUUUCUGUGGCAAGUAUCGCUUACCGCUGCUACAAUACUUAUGUAGCAGCAAAUGCAUUGAAUUACGCGAUAACGAUGAGGAGCUCGUGAGCGGUGCCAUGAUUAGGAAGGUACUUCUCGGCUAAUGAGAUCUUGAAGAUAUAUUUCUGUAAUGCUGAAAAUUUUCAAGACUAUUUCACCAUCAUUUUUCUUCACUGAGAAAGUUAAUUUUUACUUCCGAAAAUCUGCUUGUGUUUUUAUCAAUAAUAUAAGACCUAUAGACAUAUAUAAGGGAGUAAAAAUGUGUGCUGCAGUACGUUGGAUAUUACAUAAAUCUAUAAAGACGUAUAUAAUGCGUCUUAUAUAAAUAUUUGUUUUGUCUUUUUCUGUACAUCAAGUAUAUAGUAUAUAUCACAGUGAUACAUAUACGUACACACGCAAAAUUAUUCUGUGUGCGGUAAUACACUGAAUGACAAGAAUUGAGCGGCGAUUAACAUUAUUGUUAAUAUUUUAUUGUGUUAAAUAAACCACAAAAUGUACAA